AUGCCGGAUAAGGAGUCUUGGUCCAGUCGACCUCCGAGGGUCGAUGACUGUGUGUUGACUUUUCCAAGCCCACACAUCCUCCUAGUCACCAUCAACAGGCCCAGGCAGAUGAAUACCAUUCCCUAUUUACUUCACUGGCAGCUUGAUGCUCUCUGGUCCUGGUUCGACGCUGAGCCAUCCCUUCGUUGUGCUAUCGUCACCGGCGCCGGGACAAAAUCCUUCUGCGCCGGUUCCGACCUCCUAGAGAUUGAUGAGGUCAAUAUUGCCAAACAGUCCGGAAUUGCAUCGAAAGAGCCAUGGAAGCAUAGUCACCCCAAGUCAGGUUUUGCUGGGCUCAGUCGACGAGAAGGUCGUAAGCCCAUAAUCGCGGCUGUCAACGGCUUUGCGCUCGGUGGUGGAAUGGAGAUUGUUCUGAACUGUGAUAUGGUGAUUGCAUCUCCAACAUCGUCCUUUGGCUUACCUGAAGCACAUCGUGGGCUUUAUGCCAGUGGCGGCGGGCUUCCUCGUCUCCUGAGAACAGUCGGUCUUCCAGUCGCCAGCGAUAUGGCUCUGACCGGACGGCGCUUCAGCGCUUCCGAAGCUUUGAGUUACAGCCUGAUCAAUCGGAUAUCGCGGUCACCGGAGUCUUUGCUGGAUGAAGCCCUGGAAGUCGCGAAGAGUAUUGCAGCCAUCUCACCGGAUGCGAUCAUUGUAACCCGUGCAGCGUUGAGAGAGGCCUGGGAGACAGCUAGUGUGGAGCGAGCAUUUCAGCUCACUCAUGAAAGAUACGACGAGAAGUUGAUGAAAGGGUUCAAUGCGAGGGAAGGGUUGGCAGCUUUCAAGGAGAAGAGAAGCCCUAAGUGGCAGGCUUCGAAAUUGUGA